GUUUUUUCCUUUUUUUUUUAAUUGCUGCUUCAUACGCACACUUUUUUUGUUUGACGAGUUCUAAGAACCGGGGCAGUGGCAUACGUCCGUGGCCUGAGAAUUGAAGUUUGUUAGCACCAUGUUUAAUGUCUACAAGCUUGUUUUGGUGGGCGUCGGAGGGGUUGGCAAAAGCUGUCUGACGAUUCAGUAUAUUUCCUCGAAGUUUGUUGACGAUUACGACCCGACGUUAGAGGACAGCUACAGGAAGCAGGUAACAAUACAGAACGAGGAGUGUAUAUUAGAUAUCUUUGAUACAGCUGGACAAGAGGACUUUUCCGCCGUUAGAGACCAGUAUAUGCGUACGGGCGAUGGUUUUUUGUGUGUCUAUACGAUUACGCUCAAGUCAUCCUUUCAGGAGACGGUGUCUCUCCACGACCACAUUCUGCGCGUCAAGGACUCCGAGGAAGUGCCAUUCGUUUUGAUAGGGAAUAAGUGCGAUUUGGAGGAGGACCGAGAUGUAAGCUACAAGGAGGGGCAGCAGCUGUCGAAGGAGUUGAAGUGUCCUUUUUUGGAGGCCUCGGCGAAGACGAGAUACAACGUGGUCGAGGCGUUCGAGACAUUGGUGUACGAAAUCAAGCGUUUUCGAAGUCGACUCUCCCUCAGUGCCGACACAGAAGAGGGAAAAGACAAAAAGGUUCGCGGGAAGCGCCGCGUAUGUAUUUUGGUGUGAUGGAGAUACGAUUUUGCGUCGGAAAAACGGAACGGGGGCGAGGGUUCGGCAGGACGUGCCGCAUCAAGAGCGCGCAGUCGGCCAGAAAAAAAAAGCCCGUGAACAUGUAAGAAGGUAUAUAUUAUACACUUAUGCAUAUACAUUA